AUGGGAGAAGAAGGAGAAGUACAAGCACUUGUUGUAGAUAAUGGAUCCGGUAUGUGCAAGGCCGGUUUUGCUGGUGAUGACGCCCCAAGAGCCGUCUUCCCAUCAAUUGUUGGCAGACCAAAACAAGUCUCAGUCAUGGCUGGUAUGGGCAACAAGGACACCUAUGUUGGAGAUGAAGCACAAUCAAAGAGAGGUAUUUUGACUUUGAAGU